AUGACAAAACAAUUAAAAACAUUUGUAUCCUCAAAAGGAUACAAUGAUAAUUCCUAUAAAUGUCUUGAUUUUGUAAAACUUGGUGAAUUAGAAGUUACUAAACGAAAUAUUGAUGAAGCAAUUGCGUAUUUUUUGAAAGCUAUAGAAGUUAAGACAAGUGAUCAUCGGUUACUUAAUGCUAUCUACAGUCAACUUGGGAAUUGUUAUUUUAUUAAAGAAGAUUAUGAAAAAGCUAUUGAAUAUCAUAAGUAUGAUAAGUAUAAUGCAUCUAUUUUAAAAGAUAAAUUUGCUGAAUGUAAAGCUUGUAUUAAUCUUUCUACUGCAUAUAGGAAUGCAAGACAAUUUAAUGAAGCACAAAUUGAAGGUGAAAAUUGUAUUGAAUUAGCUAAAGAGAUUGGGAAUUCUACUUUAUUGUUUAAUGGUUUAUUAAAUCUCGGAUUAGCUUUUCAUUUUUCUGCAAAAGAAAUUCAAAACAAUCGAGAAGAUAGAAAAACUCAUACAAACUAUUUGAUGCAAGCUGUGGAUGUUUUCUUAGAAAUGUUAGUACUUGCUAAACAAAUAGGAAAGCCAGAUUAUUUAUUAAAAGCACAUGAAAGACUGGCAGCUUGUCUAUAUGAGAUGCGAAAAUACCAAGAGGCAUUAGAACAUUUUGAAAAGGCAUUAAACUGUAGUAAAGGAAUUGGUGCAAAAGGAAAAAAUAGACUUUUUAAUUCAAAUAUAGGUUCUUGUUUAGUUUUAAUGAAAAGAUAUGAAGAGGGAAAAAAGUAUUAUACUGAAGCAUUAGAAAUAGCAAAAGAACUUGAAAAAAGUCUGUUAAUUGCUCAUUGCCAUUUUUCACUAGGAUACGUCUUGUUAUUAAGUGGAGAUACUAAAGCUGCUAUUAAACAUUUCUUGAGACAUUUUAAAUUAUCUUGGGUUUCUAAGGAUUACUCUAGUGCUUUAAGAUCCUGUGACCAAUUGAUAACAAUUUACAGUACCCUUGAAGAUUUUGGAAAAGCUUUGUAUUUUAUUAUUUAUAAUUAUCAUCUUGUUUUGAAGAUAAAUUCUUCUCAAUCAGAUGACACUGUAAUGAAUUGUAUAAAAGUAUUUAUUGAAAAAAACCUUGGACUCGUUUUAGAUUCUGGUGAAAUUUUAUUAGAAAGUCCUUAUGAUGAUGAGCCUGAGUGCCCAUUAAAAUCCUCCAGUAGUGAGGAAGUAAUGUCAAAAGAAGAACUUUUAACUGUUGAUAUUAGAAAAUUUAUUUUAGCUUGUUCUGGUAAGAAAUUUGAUGAAUCUGAUUGUGGUCUUCUUCGUAAAAAUUUAAAAUUAAGUGGUGAGGAAGAAAAGGAUCACGGUAAAAAGAAGUGUGUUGAGGAUUUAGAGAAAUUUUUUUUAAUUCAAAAUAAACUUAAACAAUACGAUGAUCAACGUGCUGAUGCAUCAGCUUUGAAAGAUAUAUCUAAUUCAAAUCUUAAACCUCAGCUGAAAUUUAAAAAAUCGAUUGGAAGUACACUUGGGCAUUCAUUUACUGGUUUCAAUUCAUUUUUGAAAAAAGGAGAAGGAAAAAACUUAACUUCAACACCACUUUUUUCUCGUAAAGAUUCCUUAUCAUCGGUAACAAUGAGAUCGAAAAAAGGAUUUAAAUUUCCACGAUCUACAUCUGCUUAUUUGGGAUCUGAAACAUCAUCAAAUAGAGGAUCAUUUUUUUCAAGUAAAGAUAGACAUAGUGUACUAUUAGGAAAUAACCAAGAGGAGUUUCUUUUUGAUCAAAUUGCUAGCAUUCAAGGAAGACGUAUGGAUGAUCAGAGAGCUGAGUUAAAGCUUCCCGGUCUUAGUAAAGAACAAUCAUCUUCAGUUGACCAAAUGAAUCAAGAGAAGGGAACAACAAAUGAAGGUGAACAACCUGUAUUUGACGACAACAUUUAUGAAAUUGUCAUUAGAUCUCAAUCCUAUAGACUAAAUGAUCAACGAUCGGAACUUGGAGGAAGAAAACCAACGAUUCCACAUAAAGAUGUCGAACAAUUAGUACAAAGGAUGCAGGCUGGACGUCUUGAGGACCAAAGAUGUCCUUUAAAUACAUCAACAGACGAAGAAAAAAAAGCUUCACCGGAAUCAGCUUCUGUUCAAGAAGCUGAAGCUUAA